AUGCGACUCGGGUUCCAAGUCGCGCCGUUGCUGCUUUCGAUUGUUUCCUUGGCUCACUCGGCCGCGAUUGAAGGGGACCUGAAGCAUGUUUCGAGCGAGCUGCCGAAAUGUGCAUCCCCUUGCUUGGUCGAUGCCGUCGAGCUUUCCACUUGUGCUGCGGGCAACACGACGUGCAUCUGCAAUGACAAAGCCGUGGCCAUCAGCCUUACCGCCUGCAUCAGGGGCGCAUGCGGACUCGAUGACCAGAUGGAGUCACUCCGCAUCAGCAAAAACGCAUGCAACCAAGCCAGCCGCGACCUCACGGCCGAGAACCGCCGGGUCAACUGGGCCAUGAUGGCGCUCUGCAUACCGUUUGCCGUGCUCAGGCUGCUGUCCAAGGUCGAGCUCCCGCGCCGCCCGGGCGCGGGGCCCUGGCUGCCGACCAUGCCCGACGCCGGCUGGGACGACCUGUGCCUGUUCCUGGCCUGGUGCUGCACCGUGGUCGUGGGCGUCGUGAUCGAGGUGCCGCUGCGGCGGGCCGCGCUGGGCCGCGACCUGUGGACCCUGUCCAAGCAGCAGCUGAUCGACACGGGCUACUGGAUCUACGUCGCCCAGCCCGUCUACAUGUCCGGCAUGGCCUUCCUCAAGGCGUCCUUUUUGUUCUUUUACCUGCGCGUCUUUGGGCUCGUCGGCUCCGUCUCGUACUUUUUCGGCCUCUGCUCCAUGAGGCCUCUGCUGCUGGGCACGCUGUGGGUCAACCUCGUCAUCGCCCUCGUCAUCGUCGGCCUCUCCGUCGGCCAGUGCUCGCCCAUCAGCUACUCUUGGACUCAGUGGGUGGAAGCCGGUCCUGGCAGUUGUAUGGAGACUGGAAAGCUCUUGUGGGCGCAGGCAAUCACAAGCAUGCUGCUGGACUUUUGGAUCCUGGCCCUGCCUCUCUCCCAGAUAGCAAGGCUGCAUAGAUCCUUGCCAACCAAGCUAGGUGUGGCCGCCAUGUUUUCUCUCGGUAUCAUCACCACGGCCGUCAGCAUAGUCCGGGCCAGAGUCCUUGACACGACGUCCACGAGCGACAACCCCGGCCUGAUGCUGUCCAACGGCGCCACCUGGAGCAUGGUCGAGUCGUCGGUGGGGAUCGUGUGCGCCUGCCUGCCCGGGAUGCGCAGGUUCAUCGUCCGCACGAUCCCGCAGGCCUGGAGCUGGGCCGGCCGCAGCCUGGGGAGCGGGACGUCUGGCUCGACCCCCUCCCAGAAGCAGCAGCAGCAGAAAAAGAAAAACGACCGCCACGCCCCGCGCAGCUCGGCGCCCAGGCGGUUGCGCACCCUCAGCGGCAGCCUGCUGGAGACCACCGUCGCUGGUGCCGACGACGACGCGCCCUACGGCAGGAUCUCGGACGAAGAAACGCCGUCCAAGAACGCGACAGUCACGACGACGAUGGUGGGGCUCAAGGACGACAACGACGACGUCGAGAGCUACGCCAUGCAGGACAUCAAGACUCGGGACGGGACAGGUCGGAAACGGAGCGGUUCGACAGUGGCGUCUGGCUGCGUUGAGAGGGGGAUGGGCCUCCCGCGCCCUCUCAGCGCGUCUUUGCCGCCUCCUCCCUGCGUGCAUGACACCCGCGCCGAGACCGUGAGCCUGCCUGCUUCGCCGGGCAUCUGGACGAAGCCGGGCUCGUUUAACAAUAUCUACAGCCCUCAUGGGCAUGGAUCCCGCGGUCCUCUUCCUCCUCGUUGA